AUGGACAAAACCGAACCUGGAAAGAAAGGGCACUUCCCUACUAAGCCGGCCGUCACCGACAUCGCUCCCGAACAAGCCAUUGACUUUGAACAGUGGAAGCAUCGCCCGCCGUAUCAGAUACAAAGCCCUGAUGAAUUUGGAGAAGCCAAAUGGAGUGGAAGCUGUCAAUGUGGUCAGGUCACGUACAAGAUAAGGCAGGAGAAGCCGUUGAUUGCCAAAUACUGUCAUUGCCAUGGGUGUCAGGUUAUGCAUGGUGCGCCGUUUCAAUGGUCUGCGGUCUUCUGCAAGCCCGACAUAUGUUUUGUCAAGGGUGCUGAGGGCCUUACGUUCUAUUCCUCCUCUCACCGGACGAAAGAGUAUGAAGCUCCCACCAAGGUAUCUUGUUCUUUUUGCAAAAGCCCCAUCAUGGACGAAGGACGCAAUAUGUGCUUGGUAUUUCCAGAGUUGAUUACAAUCGGGGAUUCGGACGAGGAGCAUUCAGCAUGGCGGAGGGCGUUUGAACCAAUUUGUCAUAUCUACUACUGUCGACGAGUAAUGGAAGUACUAGAUGGAAAGCCCAAAUGGGCCGGCAUGGACGACGACAGUGAAUUGAUGGAUGAUAACGGGAACAUUUUGAAAUCCGAAGAUGAAGAUUGA